CUCUCUUCCACUGAACUCACACAUGAUCAAAGACCCAUUCAUUCUCUCUCUCUCUCUCUCCCUCUCUCCCCCUUUCUCUCCCUCUCUCUCCCUCUCUUAACAAAUCGUGUCAAAGAAAAAAGCGGAGCUGUGUGGGAAGAAAGUUGCGGGGGGGGGAGGAGACGCGCGGAGCUGCUGCCGACACAUUCUGCUCGUCACCACGGACAGCGGGCGGUCGGGAGCUCGGAUCGGACUCAAGCUCUCCGUCAGAGUUGGAAGACCACAGGACUUAAUUGAAAAUGAGGAGAUUUGUUUGGGGGAAUCUACUUGUUUCAGUUUGAUCCGACAGAGACAUUUUUCUCUGCUUUGUUUUCUUGCGUUUUCCUCUCCACGCUCUUGUCUUGAUCCGCGAACUGUGUGUGCCUGAUUUAAAAAUGUAGCUCUGCGGUGGGAUCGAGUCACUGAGCAUAGUGUUAAGACACCACCAGCGCAGGCGCAAUCUGAAUAUUCAGUUUCGCCUAUACUCUUAACACGGGCAUUAUUUUAAAGCUUGUGGUCUGCUGUGCGUAAAAGCCGUGGCACUGUUCCCGGGUAAACUCGCGCUUGACGCACGGCACAGCGGGAGAAUCCUGGAUUUUCCGAGUCAGAUAGAGCGAGACAACCAUAAUCAGUGUUAUAAACAACGCCAGAGACACGAUAACGACUGUAAUACUGUGGUGUUACAUUAACGGCAGCGGCUUCUUGUGCGUAAUUACAGACACGACGCUCUCUGUGUUGUGGCGCUCUCUGCGUUCUCUUGCCUGUGUGCCCAGAGCGCACACUGGCAUUCUAUGAAUCACUUUCACCUGCUUUGGCACGGACAUCUGAGAGAAGGUACUGGACUGUAGCUCAAAGCGCUCUCUCGUCGUUUUUUACUGGAUACCUUGUAGUGUGGUGGACGAAGCGGAUCUGCAUCUGGACUCCACACUGCUUCCCACAAUGGAUGCCCUGGACCAGACCCGCUCGCUUUCCCUCUCAUCCGACCUCAACUCCUCCUUUGAAGCCACUCCCUCACCCUUCAUCCUCUCCUACCCCUGCCUCUUCAACCUGUCCUCCAACCUGUCCACCCAAAGCGUCCCGUUCCAGGGCAGCAGCACCCUGAUGACAGCAGUCAUCUCCCUCACGGUCUUCAUGGUGGGUCUGACCGGGAACACUCUGGCAAUUUACGUGGUGCUGCGCUACGCCAAAAUGAAGACAGUCACCAACAUCUACAUCCUGAACCUGGCUGUGGCCGAUGAGCUCUACAUCAUCGGGCUCCCUUUCCUCACCACACAGAACGUGCUCUCCUAUUGGCCGUUUGGCUCCUUCCUAUGCCGUGUGGUCAUGACGGCAGACUCGAUGAAUCAGUUCACGUCUAUUUUCUGUCUGACGGUCAUGUCCAUCGAUCGGUACCUGGCCGUGGUUCACCCGAUACGCAGCACCAAGUGGAGGCAUCCCCGCGUGGCCAAGGUGGUGAGCGCAGCCGUGUGGGCCGUGUCCUUUGUGGUGGUCCUGCCUGUGGUCAUCUUCUCUGAUGUUCAGGACACAUUUAACUCCUGCAACAUGAUCUGGCCAGAGCCACAGAAUGUGUGGUCGACUGCCUUCAUCCUCUACACCGCCACAGUCGGCUUCUUUGGACCGCUGCUCAUCAUUUGCCUCUGCUACCUGCUCAUCGUUAUCAAGGUGAAGUCCUCGGGGGCACGGGCGGGCUUCACCAAGCGCCGGCGUUCGGAGCGCAAGGUGACGCGGAUGGUGGUGGUGAUCGUGGUGGUGUUUGUGCUCUGCUGGCUGCCGUUCUUCAUCAUCAACAUGGUCAAUCUGGUGGUCAUCAUCCCGGAGUCCAGCGCCACUGCCGGCAUCUAUUUCUUCGCCGUCAUCCUCUCCUACGCCAACUCCUGCGCCAACCCGGUGCUCUACGGCUUCCUGUCGGACAACUUGAAACAGAGCUUCAGAAAAGUGCUGUGUGUGAGGAGUAUGAGGUGCAAGGCCAGCGGCGUGGAUGACGGCGACCCCAGCGCUCCGCGGACUGAGAAAACAACAGCACACGACUGCGUCCUGCUGUCGCCUCGUAACCAGGUUUACCACGACCCCCAGAGCAGCCAGAUCUCUCCUCAGACUCCGGCCUCACCAACCUCUCACACAGCAGACCUGCACCGCUCCAGCCCUACAUUUCCGCCUCCCUCCACUUGCCCGGGAAUGGGACCCACCACGGCCACAGCAACCCCCACAGCAGCCUCAACGCUAACCUCCAUGGUAGCCACAGCUGAACUUCCCUCCAUCACUGCGCUGACUAAGCCCUCCACCCGUGCAUCCAUGGCUCCUCAGGAACAGUAGCCAAUUGGCGAUGAAUGUCGGGCUGAUUUAGGAGGUGAAAGUCGAAGCGUUCCUCCGAAAAGAGGAGGAAAAACAGGAUAUGAGACUACAGAGACAGAUGUUGGAGAGAUGGAUCAGCUCGUCAAAGUGGCCAAUAGUGAUGUUUUUUUCUGCAGGCACAAUGUAAAAAUCCAUCUAUCAGACUAUCCUUUGACACACACAUGAACACUCAUGCAUUGUAUCCAUGACAUCUCAGUGACAGAGCCUCAUGUAUAUUUUACAUGUCGUGAUGUGUAUCUACAACUGAACUGUAUGAUUCAUCCAUCUCUUUACCAUUUUUUUUUCGAUCUGACGUGCCAUCUGACAUAAGUGCCUCUGUAGCCGCUCUCUGCAAUCAUCACGGCUCCUCAUGGUCGCAGACACACUACACCCCCCUUCUCUCAUUUCCUGUUCAUCUGUUACACCACGUGCAAGAAUGUAUUUACCAUUCAGAACCAAAAAAAAUUCCAUUGAGAACACAAAUAGAGCCAGUGGAGAAGAUUUCCUGCGGAUACCCAACAUCAAAAGGGCCAGUUGGGCAUUACUGGGUUCUUUUUUGCAACCACACUGUGAUUUAGGCUGAAAAAAUAGGGUUAGUUUCAGACAAAAAUCUUGUGUACUACAGCUUUAAUCAAACAGCUCAACUGCGGUGUGCACUAAUUCAGCAUCAGUCUUUUAAGCGUUAUUGUAAAAAUUGCAUUUCUCCGUUUCAAGCUGCCACUCUAUCUUCUUUACCUAAUGACGAUGGGUAAAUUGUGAUGAAUGAAUAUGAUAUCCGUACAGCUUUGUGUAAAAAGUCUGCGGUGAUACUUUUUGUAUACUGUUUGUAUUUUCAGAGAAUGGCUUGCUCGCUGCUCGUCAGCUUCUCAGUCACAGGGACUGUGACUCGCCUGCCCAGUGUCUUUCUGCGAACAUGUAGCCAGCAUUGAACAACAAACCUCUUGAUUUGAGAGUUUGUGCAAUUGUGUGUCAUGUACACGUGUGUGUGUGUGUGUGUGUGCAUGUACAUUUGUGGCUGCUGAUAUGUAUGUAUGUAUGCACAUGUUUUCUCUCUGCAGAAGCCGAGGUUUAUUGUUGGUAUAAUGUUAUGGUGUGACCAUGCUUUGCUCAGCGCCUCGUGUACUUUUCAGUAGAUACUAUUUCUAAUGAGACUGGCAGCACAGAACCUCAGCCUUCAUCAGCUUUGUCUCUUGAAAUGCUUUUACUGCAAACAUGUCUGUUUUUAUUACGCAAGGUUCCGUCUUGUUUUAUGAUCAAUCGAUUGAUUAAUUGAUUGACGCCUCUGACGCAUUGUACCAAUUACAUUGACCAACACAGGUAACUGUGGCUGCAAUGUCUCUGCUUGUGCAACGCUUAUUUAACUGGUGAAACAGACAUGAAUGAAUUUGACUGCAAAAAAACCCAAAAAAAACUUAAAGGGUAAUCCCACCAAUUGUACACUUUAAGUGUUAUUAAAGGUCUGAGGGAGCACGUCUGGAUUUGUGAAAAAAGUAUUAUAAAGCAUUUUGUGGCUCCAGAGGUAGCUGCAUGUAAUCUGAUAGUGUCUUUAGGAGUACAAUGAUGAAAACUGGUGCCUACAUUACCCAGUAGGUAAUUACAGUAGUGUUCCCCAAGACCUGGAGACACACUUCAAUGUGUAAAAUUGGUGUAGUUACCCUUUAGAAAAUUACAAUUCGGACAAAGCUUCUUGUUUUGCUGUUAGUAGCGCAAGUACAAAAUAUGCUCAUGUAUUAUUUUUGUUAGGAUGUCUACAGUAUUGCUCUGUUAUUGCUUCUGUAAUCAGUUCCUGUUUUCAGUCAUUGUGUUCAAGAUAAUUAAAUGAAAGUGGAUCAGAAUCAAAAAACUUUCACUUUAAGGAGUUUAUUGUGGUAGCACAUAUUUGGGUGGGAUCGAUUUUAGAAUAUAUCAGCGAGUAGUUGGGCUUUUUCAGCCACUAUUCAUCCGUGUAAAGAGAAACAAGAAGCUGAUCAGGUGAAUAUUUUGAGGGCAGGCAAUGACAGGGAGACGAAUGGAAACUGUCCCUGCGAGGAAAAAAAAGAAAAAAAAACAAGGCUGUUUAUAAUGAAGGCUUUUACAUGCAAAUACAGCGUCUGUGUUGUAUAUAUAUUUUUUCCAGAAUAUUUAUUGCUGUCUAGAUGCUUCAGUGCUGUUGGGUUUCUUUGGAAUAAACUGGUUUGAUCCAAAACCAGA